GAGAGAGCCUGGGGGGAAACAGGGGUGGGGGGUACAGGUCAGGAGCCCCUGAAGACAGAGGCUGUGGGAGACGGACACUGAGGGGAAGGCAGAGCAGCGAGGGCCAAAGAAGGGCGCUGGCAGGGAGAGAUUUGGAGGGGAAGUCCAGGUCCUUUUCCGAGACAAGGACACACGGCACAGAGGUCAGGGGCCUUAGCUGUCCAAGCCCCUGAGCCCCAGCAGAAGAGCACCGGAGCAGCACCCAGUCCCUCAAGCGGUCCACACCCUUCUCCUGUAACAGGACCCCAGCGAGAUCACUCUCUCCAUAGGCGAGAACCCAGAUUUCCCAGUCGAAAAGAGGACCGACAAGAAGGUCUCCUGGAGGAGGGCGGGGCUAUAAGAAAGGAAAACAGGACACAGGAGUCCUAUUGGAUUUUGACAGCAGGUGUGGUGUCCAGGGAAAAGAAAUUUGGAUAGCCAGGAACUGAAAAGCCCACCAAGCUAAAAUGUUACCCCCGGGGAUGAACAUGCGGCUGGCCAGAUCUCUCCUGGACAAAAGCUCUGCUCCGCUUCCAUCUCUUCCCCAGCCAGGUCGCAUGUCCCACAGAAAAAAUGGAUCCCCCUCUGUAAAUGCUCCCUGCACAUGGGUGGAGGAGCUGGGCUUCAUUAGUGGACCAUGGUCCAGAGCAGGGGAUCCAGGCCCAGCAGGGGCAGGAGGAGAAGGCGUCACUUCCGGGUGCCUUCGCCAGUGUCCGGUGGCUCUCUGCGCUCUGAUUGGGCAGAAGUGGCCGGGUCAGACGUGUGACCCCACUGCUAUGGAAGGGCUGUGCCCCAACGCCACAUGUCUUCCUACUCAUCUGCUCCCCAGAGUGCUGUCCGCCGUUCGCCUGGUUCCUUAAGCCCUUCUCCCCUGGGUGCCCAUUCCUGGGCCACUUGCCUCAGGAAAGAAGUCCCAGGACUGUUAGCCCAUCUCAGUUUUUCAGAACGUGGAUUGCAAAGAACAACUCCAGGAGGCUUUAUGUGUGGGAUAGAGUCCACCUGUGCCCCACCCCACUCUGCCCAGAAGUGCAAGAGCCCAAGCCGCCUCCAUGGCCCCGGGAAGGAUUCAGGGGAGAGGCCCCAUACAGGGAGCCCCUCCAGCCAGACACUCCAGCCAGAAUGCAGCUGACUGAAUUGCUCCUGGCGGUCCUUCUUCUUACUGCAAGACUAACUCUGUCCAGCCCAGCUCCACCUGCCUGUGACCCCCGACUCCUACAUAAACUGCUUCGUGACUCUCAUGUCCUUCAUGGCAGACUGAGCCAGUGCCCAGACGUUAACCCUUUGUCCACACCUGUCCUGCUGCCUGCUGUGGACUUCAGCUUGGGAGAAUGGAAAGCUCAGACGGAGCAGACCAAAGCACAGGACAUUCUAGGUGCAGUGACCCUUCUGCUGGAGGGAGUGAUGGCAGCUCGGGGACAGCUGGGACCCACGUGCCUCGCAUCCCUCCUGGGACAGCUUUCUGGACAGGUCCGACUCCUCCUUGGGGCCCUGCAGGGCCUCCUGGGGACCCAGGGCAGAACCACAGUUCACAAGGACCCCAAUGCCAUCUUCCUGAGCUUCCAGCAACUUCUCCGAGGAAAGGACUUCUGCGUUGCUGGAGACGAACUUCAGUGUCUCAGCCAGAACUACUGGCUCUGGACCUCUGAACAGGCUGCAGGGAUUCAGAGCCAAGAUUCCAGGUCUGCUGAAUCAGACUUCCGGGUCUUCAGAUCAAAUCCCUGGACACCUGAAUGGGACACACAGACCCUUGAACGGAACUCAUGGACUCCUUCCUGGAGCCUCACCCAGGGCCCUAGAAGUCCCAGACAUUCCACCAGGAACUUCAGACACAGGCUUCCGGCCACCCCACCUCCAGACCGGAUAUUCUCCUUCCACGGCCCUUCCUCCUGCUGGACAGUACACACUCUUCGCUCCUUCACCCACCUUGCCCACACCUGUGGGCCAGCUCCAGCCCCUGCUUCCUGACCCUUCUAUCACACCCAACUCCAGCAGCCCUCUGGCCGAAGCCCACCCUCACCCUGAGAGUGUGUCUCAGGAAGGAUAAGGUGCCCAAGCACUGCCAGAUGGGAGGGGCCCUGGCAGGCAACUGCAGCGCUACCAAACCUGCAACCCAAAGCCCCGGCAGAGGGGGCUGCACAGGACAGGAAAGGGGGCUGCUUUUCACUGUACAUUAUAAAACUUCAGAAGCUAUUUUUUUAAGCUAUUGACAAUACGUAUUCAUCAGAGCAGCUAGUUAUUGUUGGUCUGUUUUUUGUAUAAUUUUGCAAAUCACAUCUAUGUGCUCUUUUUCAUGAUAAUCCUCCAAAGGCUUGGCCUGGCCUGGCCUUUGAACAGAGGUAGAUUAGCCUUGUGUCACAAAA